AUGCGGCCCGCAGCACAAGUGUUCUACCUGGCGGUGUUUUCGCUGCUGGGAAGUUCGCACGCUGCCAGCCAUGCCGCUCCCUCAAAGUUUAAGGAUGUGCCGGCAGACGUCUGCGAUGUAAGCAACCGCUCCUUGGAUACCCACUGCAACUAUGCGCCUUCAAGCCACAAUACUAAGUAUCCCGCUGUACAGUUCGAACCCGGCGCUAUUGUGUCCGACGCGUGUGCGAGCUAUGAUACCCUCGAGCAGCUAAACGAAGCGAUACACCCCUACCUCCAUUCGAUUACCCAGAACACCGACUUCUUUUCGCAUUACCGAUUGAGCUUGUAUAGCAAGAAAUGUCCAUUUUGGGAUGACGAAGACGGCAUGUGUGGCAACAGGGCGUGUGCGGUGAACACUUUGGAGAACGAGGAGGACAUACCCUCGGUUUGGCGGGCGAAGGAAUUGGGAAAGCUUGAGGGACCGACAGCGCAACAUCCGGGCAAAAAGCAGCAAAGAGAGCACCCGCAGAAACCGUUACAGGGAAGCCUGGGUGACCAGGUGGAUGAAAGCUGCGUGGUCGAGUACGACGACGAGUGUGACGAGCGCGACUACUGUAUACCGGACGAUGCAUCGGCCACGGCGAAAGGCGACUACGUCUCCCUCGUGGACAACCCAGAGCGCUUCACGGGCUACGCUGGCGUGGGGGCUCAUCAAGUGUGGGAGGCCAUAUAUCGCGAGAACUGCUUCAGCAAACCACCGAAGGUGACCCAGUCGAGCGCUCAGUCCUCUUUGGAGGGGGCCUCGCCCUUUGGAGGCUUCAACAACCCUCAGCAGCUGCAGGCCGCGAACCAGCUGCGCAAUGUCAUGAAAGAGCAGGCUUUUGGAAACACUGUUAAAUCAGCCAUCGCUAAAGGAGCAGACCCAGCACGCCUAGAUCCUGUCGAAUUUGAUGACACUUGUCUGGAGAAGCGCGUUUUCCACCGGGUCAUCUCAGGGAUGCACGCGUCUAUCUCUACCCAUCUCUGCUGGGAUUAUCUGAACCAGACGACAGGUGAAUGGAGUCCCAACCUUGCCUGCUAUGAGCAGCGGCUGCACAAGUACCCCGAUCGCGUCUCCAACAUCUACUUCAACUACGCACUCGUCAUGCGUGCUGUCGGGAAGAUUAAGCAACAUAUCAAAGACUACACCUUCUGCUCCGAGGACCCGGAGCAGGACAAGCGCACCAAAAAUUCAGUGCUUCGCCUCGCAUCUGCACUCCCAGACGGCCCAGAGAUCUUCGACGAGACAGUCAUGUUCCGCGACCCUGACACUGUUGCCUUGAAGGAGGACUUCCGCAACCGCUUCAGGAACGUGAGUCGCAUCAUGGACUGCGUAGGCUGCGAUAAGUGCCGGCUCUGGGGCAAGUUACAGACGAAUGGCUACGGCACCGCGCUCAAGGUGCUCUUCGAAUUUGAUGAGCACGAUUCCUCGAAAGACCCACCGCUCCGUCGCACAGAGCUGGUCGCGCUCGUCAAUACCAUGCACCGACUCUCGCAUUCUCUCUCGGCCAUCAAGCAAUUUCGUCAAAUGGUAGAAGACCGCGACGGUAUUCAACGUGCUGCGGUCCCAACAGCACCAGAGACGGAGAAGGAAGUCGAGAAAGUGAAGCAAGUCCUUGGAGAUGGUACAAAUACCGACGAGGCCGUCCCGGCCGACGAUGGCAUGCCGGAAAAACCAGACUUUAAACGCAACUGGGGGAUCCCAACAACAUGA